AUGAGUGUAACACUACAAGCUUCAGAUUCUCAAAGAAAUGGUAAUAUACAGACAAACACAUCAAAUACGAACAAUGGAACAAGUACUAGAACAACAAAUGCUAUUUUUCCAGAAAUUGAUCACAAUCAUCCGCUAUAUCUACUGUCUACUGAUACUCAAGGUAGUUCCUUGAUCUCACUUCAGCUUACAGGUUCUGAAAACUAUGCUUUGUGGAGUCGAUCUAUGAGAAUUGGUUUGCUAGGUAAAAGUAAACUAGGUUUUGUAGAUGGUCGAUAUCCUAAAUGUAGUUUCUCGUCUGAGUAUCAUGAUUUGUGGGAAAAGUGUAAUGCAGUAGUGUUAUCAUGGAUUAUGAGUGUUGUAAGACCUAGAUUGUUAGGAAGUGUUGUGUAUGCGAGUGAUGCUCAUAAGGGAAUUAUAUCAGUUUCAAAUUAUUUCUCUAAGUUGACAGAUUUGUGGAAUGAAUUUGAUGCUAUUAUGCCUUGUCCUAGUUGUCCUUGCCUAAAAUCAAGGAAAUUCCUUGAACAGUUUGAGUACCAGAGACUUCUGCAAUUUCUGAUGGGACUAAAUGAGUCCUAUUCAAAAGCUAGAGGAUCUAGUCUGAUUGAAGGCACAACCUUAUACAAUCUUAAAGGAAGUGGAAAUAAUUCAAAUAGAGGUUCAAGAGGUGGACACUGUGAUAAUCAUAGAAAUGGAGGUAGUAAUCCAGGUGGUGGACCAGCAGGUCACUAUGGAAAUCAUAUGAAUCCUACCAAAUCUCAGAAGCAGUUUAUCAUUUGUGAAGUUUGUGGUUAUAAAGGACACUCCAAGGAUCAGUGCUUCAAGGACCAGUACAAACAAAUCCUACAGUUGCUGUCAAAGGGCAGUGAGAAUGCAACCACUGAAGUUUCAGCUAAAGCAGAUACAUGUGUAGUGUUGAAGCAGUUUAUUACUCAAGUCAGGAAUAUGUUCUCAACUACUGUUAAGACUCUUAGAACAGAUAAUAGUGCUGAGGCUACUUGGUUGAUUGGGUUGUUCAAGGAACUGGGAGCUCAAGUGGAUGAACCAGUCAAGAUGUUUUGUGAUAGCAAAGUUGCUAUACAAAUUGCAACUAAUCCAAUAUUCCAUGAAAGAACCAAGCAUAUUAACAUUGAUUGUCACUUUGUUAGAGAAAAACAUUUGCCAAGGAAUGCUCAAAACUGA